AACAUAACUGGUGAUGUUGAUGUGACAAACAUCAGAGGGAUUGGAUUUGAUGCAACAUGUUCAUUGGUUGUCCUGGAUACAAGUUUUCAUCCUCUCUCCAUCAGCACAUCAGGUGACAAUGAUCGUAAUAUCAUAAUGUGGAUGGAUCACAGGGCACACAAACAAGCGAACUUCAUCAACUCAACAAAACAUGAUAUUCUGAAAUAUGUGGGUGGUGCUAUCAGCUUAGAGCAAGAGCCGCCAAAGUUACUAUGGCUCAAACAGUUUUCAUUGCUACAUUCUCAAGAGUGUCUAGCAAUGUUUGCUUUGGUAUUUUCAUUAUUGAGACAAGAUAUCCCUUGGAACAACCAUUUCCAUAGGGAUGUUGGGUAUCAACACAUUGACUUUACAACAUCACUGGGAACCCUGGUAACUAAAUGGCUAUAUUUAGCUGACGAAACAUCACAGAAUUUCAGCGAGGAUUUCCUACAGCAGAUUGGUCUUCAUGAUUUAUAUGAAAAUAACUGUAGUAAAAUAGGUUCUGAAGUUCAGAUGCCCGGUUUGCCAGUAGGUAAAGGAUUAAGUGCACAAUCGGCUAGUGAAUUGGGACUCAUCCUGGGGACACCUGUUGGUGCUGGGUUAGUAGAUGCCUAUGCAGGUGGUCUAGGUGUUAUUGCCUGUGAUGUCAAAGGUCAUAACCUUGCAUGUGAGAAUCAGCCAAUCACGUCAAGGCUACCAAUUAUUUGUGGAACUUCAACUUGUCACAUGGCAAUAAGUGACAAACCAAUAUUUGUUGAUCGAGUAUGGGGUCCAUUUUAUUCGUCAAUGGUUCCAAAGUUUUGGGUAACAGAAGGAGGACAAAGUGCAACUGGUAAAUUAUUGGACCAUAUUGUGCAAACACAUCCAGCAUAUAACGAACUGAAGCAAAAAGCACAAGAAAGGUACUGUUACGGCUUGUGUGACAACAUAUAUCAAGUACUCAAUGAACGUGUUUCCUCAUUGGGUGAAAAAAGUCACAUGAAAGAUCAAGUUGGUCAGCUGACAACAAAUUUGCAUAUAUGGCCCGAUUUCCACGGUAACCGAUCACCUCUGGCUGAUGCUUCUCUCAAAGGAAUGAUAUGUGGACUGACAUUAUCAACCGAUAUAGACAACCUAGCAGUGUUAUAUCUUGCUACGAUACAGGCUAUUGCUUUUGGAACUCGACACAUCCUAGAUGCUUUAAAUGGGUCAGGUCAUGAUAUAUCAACACUGAUUGCUUGCGGUGGUCUCAGCAAAAACUCUUUAUUUAUGCAAAUCCACUCAGAUGUCACAGGUCUGCCAGUAAUCUUGCCAAAAGAAAUUGAGUCAGUGUUGCUAGGUGCUUCAAUGCUAGGUGCAUGUGCUUCCAGUGAUUACUCCAAUAUACAGGAAGUGAUGGAGAAGAUGUCCAAAGUUGGACAUGUGUUACGCCCAAACUGCAGGGAAAGAGAAUAUUACAACAAGAAAUACAAAGUUUUCUUGAAAAUGGUUGAAGAUCAAAAAGUAUACCAGAAUAUGAUGAAAUGAAAUAAAAAUAAUUAAUUAC